AUGCCGCAGCGCAGUUCGAGGUCUUUCGUACCUUUGGCGGUGGAAACAUUUCGCGGACGUGCUGAGGAAGUGCUUUUUGCCAACUGGGCCCCAGCGGCUCGAGUCCUCAUCGACAACGUCAGUGAAUGGUAUUCCCUGGCCUUCAUUGUUUACCGAUGUUUCGUGGGAUUCGCUGUGUUGAACGUGGUGAACGCCGUCUUCGUGCAGAGUACCAUGAAGGUGGCACAUGCAGAUGACGAGAUCGUGGCACAUGAGAAGGCGAAGAGUCAAGAGGCCUAUCGAAGACGCGUGAGCAAAUUAUUCUGGGAAGCUGACAUCUCAGGAGAUGGUUUUAUCGACUUUUCGGAGUUUAAACGCCUUCUGGAGCAUCCACAGCUCCAGGUUUGGUUAUAUCAGCUGGAGAUUGAGACCGGCGAUUUGGAGGGGCUUUUUCGCCUUUUGGAUGAUGGAGAUGGAGAAAUCUCUUUGGAAGAGUUUGAGGCUGGAGUGAUGAAGUUGAAGGGCUUUGCCAGGGCAUUUGAUCUCAACAAACUCCAACGACAGGUGCGGAAGAUGAAUGCCAAAAUGGAUUUGCUGAUUCACAACAGCGGCCUCUCUCAUUUUCGGAACGACAAGCCGAAGGGCCGCGCCAUGUCGUCGCCGGGAUGUUCCGAAACCACUCCACCCUUCUGGGCCAAGAACCGGGGCCUUUCGCGAGAUACCUUCUGA